AUGUUCAGCGCGCAUUACCUCGGUCUAAUGCGCGAUGCGUGGGAUGUUCGUCACAGUGCGCUGUUGUCUAACAUUUUUAUCGCUAAGCCUGAGUCUUCACGUCUACUCGAAGAGGACCCUUAUCAAGCCGGGUAUGGCUACGGAGCACUUAACCACGCUCAACAGGCUAGCCAGCCGGAUUCGGAAUAUGUGAGACGUGAGAGGGAGGCGCUGGAAUCAAUUUGCCAGCGGACAUCUGACUCCGUUAUCGAUAUCUGGUCCAUCCAACCACAACCACACCUUCGACCCCAAGCAACUCUCCACACCCCUACCUCCGCAUCUCCCGUUCCAUCACAAAGAACUGAUACAACAACACCUGUGGUAUCUACCCAUCGCACAUCACCGCCAAGCCGUCCCACCUCUGGCGCGUCAGGCGCCGUCCCGAAACACUGGGGUGAAGUUGUCGUGAACCCGAACAAGAAACGGUCCCGUACCGAUAUCAAAACAGAUGCUAAGGCCAGCCAUGAUGUGUUUGGAGUUCUAAAUGUCACCUAA